UUAGUUUUUUCUUCUAGCAGCUGAAAAGCUGUUUUGUAAAUUUCCAAUUGACUAUAUUUACAAUGUAUGGAUCUCUGCAAAGUUUAGGGUUUGUGCUCGAGAAUGGUAUGAGAAAAGUGACGGGAUUAAAUAUCCCUAAAACCAACUACUGGGAAACAUUUCUUGGAUGGGAAAUGUUUAAGUCAGUUUGGAAAUCAAGAGUUGUCGAUAUUACAAAGGAAAUGCGAAACGGACUGGAGGCACAAAAUGUUCCCUUGGUAACACCCGAUGGAAAGAAAUGUGUGCGUUUACUUGAUUUACUUCAAGCUGAGAGAGCAUUAGUCGUGUACUUUGGCAGUUGUAGUUGCCCAGUGUUUAUGAAUAAACUCAAAGAAUUUGAAGCUCAUCCAAUUGAUGGAUGGUCUUUCAAGAAUAACUUUAUCAAAGUACGAAAGCAUCGAAAUCGAUAUGAAAGAUGCAAAGCCGCGCAAAAGCUACAUGAACUCAAUCUUCAAUGUCAAAUAAUGGUAGAUACAAUGGACGACAAUGCAAAUGUGGCCUUUGGAGCGUUGCCUGAGAGACUCUACGCCAUCGAAGAUGGUAAAGUCGCAUACGUGGGCGGACAGGGACCAAUGAAUUCAUCAAUGAAAGCAGCACGUGACUGGCUAGAGUCAUAUCGCGAGAAAAACACAUUUAGAAGAUGGACAAUCUAA